GUCAGUUGUCUAAACUCCUAACACCCUUUGAGCGUUUCCAGACUGGCUAGACUGUUUGGCUCCCAUAACUGAAGGUAUUACCUAAGAGCUCUCUCCAUCAACCGAGGAAUACCAGAGACCAGAUUCGUUAUGGGCCAGACGCUGUCGGAACCGGUGGUCACCAAGGAUACAGCCCGCAAUGAGAAUGCCAGCUAUGUCGUGGGCUCCAGUGCCAUGCAGGGCUGGCGCGUGGAAAUGGAGGAUGCCCAUACUCACAUUCUAUCAUUGCCGGAGGAUCCGCAGGCGGCUUUCUUCGGGGUGUACGACGGGCAUGGAGGUGCACAGGUGGCCAAGUGCGCGGCCAAGCAUCUCCACAAGUUCGUGACGGAGAGGCCGGAGUACCAUACCAACAACGUGGCGGUGGCCUUGAAAAGGGGCUUCCUGGACUUCGAUCGCGAGAUGCUGCACAAUGGAUCCUUUGGAGAGCAGUCCGCAGGAUCUACGGCAGUUGUGGUGCUCAUUCGGGAGCGGCGCCUGUACUGCGCCAAUGCGGGCGAUUCGCGGGCCAUAGCCUGUGUUGCGGGAGUGGUUGUGCCCUUAUCCUCGGACCACAAGCCUAAUAACGCGGGCGAGACCAGUCGGAUUUUGGCCGGCGGCGGAUGGGUGGAGUUCAACCGGGUCAACGGCAAUCUGGCCCUUUCUCGCGCCCUCGGCGACUUCAUUUAUAAGAAGAACACGCACAAGAGUCCCGAGGAUCAGAUCGUGACUGCCUGCCCGGAUGUGGAGAUCCGAGACAUCAACGAGGACUGGGAGUUUGUCCUUCUCGCCUGCGAUGGCAUAUGGGAUGUGAUGACCAGCGCGACAGCCUGCCAGUUUGUGCGUUUGCGCAUUUCCCAGGGUGUUCAACCCGAGACCAUUUGCGAGGAUCUCAUGAACCACUGCCUGGCCACGGACGGUCAAAAUUGUGGUCUGGGCGGCGACAACAUGACCGUGAUCCUGGUGUGUCUCCUUCACAACAAGAGCUACGAGGAUCUGGUGCUGCGUUGUGGGGGAUCGCACAUGGCCCCCUUGGAAUCUGUGGGCGACAUCAAAGAUCAGCCGGCCUUGAAAGUGGUGACUCCCUUUACCCAGGGAGGAGGAUCGGACACUACGGCCUCGCGACUGGGAUUCGGCUUGGGUCUAGCCGAAUCCGAACCCCCAAGGGAAAACUAAAACUUCGUUUUCUCUUCGUUUUAUGUUUAUCGUUUAAAGUUUUUUCGAUUUCCCAUUUUACUCACAUUCAGGGCAUCAGAAUAGUGAUCCUCCCGUCGAUGGUAGCCCAAAAUUCGCAGUCGUCGUAUAUGAUACUGUUGGAAAAUGUUUUUCACCCAUUUGGCAGAUAAAAUUUAAUAAAUGAACCAAAAAAGCGGG